UCAAGCAGUUUAAACUUUCUCAAGCGGCUUCAUACAUGCAAGCUUUGAGUGAAUGGAGUGAAUCUGUGUGAGGAAGAACUAAAAAUGAGUGAUAAUCCUGUCAUCAACGAUGUGGAGGAAGAACAUGAUGAGUUUAAAGUAUUUGAGAAUACCUCCCAUAGCCUAGUUGCUACUAGAGAACUUCAGAAUAUGAGAUUAACAGGAGAACUUAUAGAUUGCAAUCUACAGGUUGGAGAUGACUGCAUUCCCUGUCAUAAAGCUGUUCUGGCAGCAAAUUCUCCAUAUUUUAGAGCUUUGUUCAGAAACCAGGGCCUUGCUGCAGCUGUUGAACUUUCUGGAAUGGAAUUUGAAUCUAUAAAAGCUAUCAUUGAUUACUUCUACACAGGCAGGAUUGAAGUUUGUUUAAGUACGGUUAGUUCCUUGCUCUCCGCUGCAGAUAUGUUGUUAAUACCCUGGUUAGUGGAUACACUGGCUACCUACCUUCACUCCAAUAUCAACCUCUAUACUGUUCUAGCUACUUGGAGACUUGCGAGAAUUUACAGAUUGACUAAGCUUGAGAGAGCAGCUGUUAAUUUUUGUUACAGUGAAUUCUCAAGGAUUCUGGAAAGCACUGAACUGUUUGAGUUGGAAAAGGAAGAGCUAUCAAUGAUCCUAAACAGUGAUGAACUUAUUGCUAACGAAGAUACGCUUAUUGAUGCACUUCUAAGGUGGUUUAAGGAAAAGGAUUUGGAUAUAGAUCAGUCUAUCUUAAACAAUAUAAGAUUUUCCCUCUGCUCUGAUCAUUUUAUUUGGAGAAUGGAAAAUGAUGAAAAAUAUCAAGCAAUUGCAGCAUGUGAACCUUUUCUUCAGUUUAAAUCUGAAGGAACAGAAACGAAUCAGCUGGAGCGUAAAACCAGAUGUAGGGGUACAAAUGACAUCCUUGCCAUACACCAUGAUGGUUCAGAUUUAAUUUAUGGUUACAAUACUGCAACAGAGAAAUGGCAGAACUUUGUUACAGUUCCAGAGGAUGGAGGUUAUGAAUAUUCUUGUUUGACUUCUUGUAGAAAUACUCUUUAUUUGGUUGGAGGAAGAAACAAGACUGGUACAACUCUAAGAUCUGUGUACUCCUAUGAUUUAGCAAGAGAAGAAUGGAAACGACUCCCAGACAUGAAUGAGGUACGAUGGUACCAUGGAGCUGUUGUUAUCAACACCAAACUGUAUGCUGUUGCCGGUUGUGGACAGUUGAAUACUAUUGAGGUUCUCUACCUCACUGAAGGAUCUGCUAUGAGAUGGAAACAGCUUCCCAACCUUGAUUAUCCCAGGCAUAUGCCUGGGGUUGGAGCAUGCAAAGAUAAGAUCUAUGUAGUGGGAGGAACAGAUGAACACUGGACCGCACAAUCUACUGUAGAGAUGUUUGAUACUAAUACUAAUGAAUGGUUAAGACUACCAGAUCUACAGGUACCUCGGAUCCAGCCUGCUGUUGUUGGUCUGAAUAACAAGCUUUAUGUCAUGGGAGGAAGGAAUAGCAAUAAGGUUGAACUGAUGUCGGUGGAGGUUUGGGAUCCUGUUUCUCACUCCUGGUCAUACUGUAAGGAGAUGCAUAGGAAAAGAUGGGGUGGAGGCGGAGGAUCAAUCCAUAAUUUGCUGGUGAUUGUUGGGGGUAGAGGGAAGAGAGCUGGACAAGCUGAACUCUAUUCACAGAAAACCAACAGUUGGAGUUUAAUGUCAGGAGACAUACCUUGCACAGACAGAUGCUACUCUGCUACUAUGGUUCAGAAACCCUGGAGUUGGGCUUUUCCUCCAGAAUAAUUUUAAUUUUAUUGUUUUUGGAAAUAAAACUAAGUUUAUUGCA